CCCCGGGCUGUGGCUGCCGGGCUGAGCGUGGCUGGCACAGUAGGGUUUUGACCAGAUUUCCUUCAAUCCACCACAUCUCUCUCUGUUGUUUGCUAGCCUCCUUGGUGUCUCGUUUCUUUGGUCGCUGCUUCUGUUUUAUACUGUGGAGAUGUCUAGUACAGGUGCUGUUUUGGUAAUGCUUCAUCCAGCGCAGGAUUUCGAGGCACACCUUGGGUUUUUGGUUCACAUGGCAGCAGUAAACUUGACUCCACCUGGUUCUUUGGAUUUAAACCAACCUGGUUUUUCAAAGGAGAUACUAGGGACUAAAUUGGAGGGCAAAUACCUCUGCUCAGAGUGCAAGAAUAUUCUGAGAAGGCCAUUUCAAGCUCAGUGUGGACACCGCUAUUGUUCUUACUGCCUGAAGAAAAUUAUCAGCUCGGGACCUCAGAAGUGUGCAGCCUGUAUUCAGGAAGGAAUCUAUGAAGAAGGAGUUUCCACUUUAGAAAUAAACUCAGCUUUUCCAGAUAAUGCAGCUCGUCGAGAGGUGGAAAGUUUGCCGGCUGUCUGUAUUAAUGAUGGCUGCACGUGGAAGGGGACUAUUAAAGAAUAUGAGAGCUGCCAUGAAGGGAACUGCCCGUUCAUGCUGAUUAUGUGCCAGGCAUGUAAGGGAAUGAUCAAACUGAAUGACAAGGAGCGCCAUUCUGAACGGGAGUGCCCUGAGAGAAGCCUCAACUGCAAAUACUGCAAAUUGCUUUUCUACUUUCCUGACAUUAAGGCUCAUGAUGAGAUCUGCCCUAAAUUUCCACUGACUUGUGAGGGCUGCGGGAAAAAGAAGAUUCCAAGAGAAAAGUUUCAGGACCAUGUGAAGACUUGUGGCAAAUGUAAAGUGCCUUGCAGAUUUCAGGUUGUUGGAUGCGCUGACAUGGUGGAAAAUGAGAAGCUGCUGGAUCAUGAAGGCAAAUGUCUGGCAGAGCAUCUAUACAUGCUGCUGAGUUUUGUGCUCAGCCUCAAGGCUGGCUCUGCAGACUUGAAGCACCUUCCUGCCCUUUUGCCAUCUCAGGGCAACUCCAUGCUACUGACAGGCAACUCCCUGUGCUCGGAGUCAGAGCUCUCCAAAUCCCUGGAAUUGCUAGCAAGGUGUGAAUCCCUUGAGAGGAAAACAGUGACCUUUGAGAACAUUGUGUGUGUGCUGAACCGGGAAGUGGAGAGGGUCUCUCUGACGGCUGAAGCCUACAGUCGCCAGCACCGGCUGGACCAGGAGAAGAUUGAAACGCUCAGUAACAAGGUCCGGCAACUGGAAAGGAGCAUUGGACUGAAGGAUCUGGCCUUGGCUGAUAUGGAGCAGAAGAUUCGUGACAUGGAAGCGUCAACUUAUGAUGGUGUUUUCAUCUGGAAGAUUACGGACUUUGCCAGGAAGCGUCAGGAAGCAAUAACAGGCCGCGUGCCUGCCAUCUUCUCCCCAGCUUUCUACACAAGCAAGUAUGGCUAUAAGAUGUGUUUGCGUGUUUACCUUAAUGGCGAUGGCACUGGCCGUGGGACUCACCUGUCUCUGUUCUUUGUGGUGAUGAAAGGACCCAAUGACGCACUCCUACGGUGGCCCUUCAACCAGAAGGUGACUCUAAUGCUGUUGGAUCAGAACAACAGGGAGCACAUUAUCGAUGCUUUCCGACCUGAUGUUACAUCCUCAUCCUUUCAGCGACCUGUCAGCGAAAUGAACAUUGCCAGCGGCUGCCCGCUAUUCUGUCCUGUCUCCAAGAUGGAAGCCAAGAAUUCCUACGUACGUGACGACGCCAUCUUUAUUAAAGCCAUUGUAGAUCUCACAGGCCUCUGAAACCUCCUUCCCUCCAGGAGCAGUGAAUGCAGAGCUGGCCCCAACUGGGGCUCAGCCUCCCUGUUCUAUACUUCCAGCCUUAGGGCAGGGGGCAAGGGAUACAAGAGGAAAAGCCUCAUCCCCCAGAGGACCUGCUCCACUGAGUGGAAACAAGGUGUGUGAUGCGAACCCUUCCUUGGUGUCAGAAAGCCAGCUGCUGUAGUGCAGAUCUUUCCUGAGAAGAGGUUCAGGUUGGCAUCUGUUAUCUCCGGGGAACUGGAAGAUUCCCUUGCAGGACUCAACUCUUCAGCUCUAUCUGUACUCAGUUGAUACACAACUUUGGUAUCCUGUGGUCUUCAGCCCACCCAGGGCCACCACCUUGCGUGGCUGUUCAGCAAGAUCUUCCUUCAAGUGUUGUAGGAGAUCUCCACAUCCAAAGAAGUUGGUUUCGCUCUGGUGUUUUGCUUAAAGGGUUGUAUAGUUCUGUGCUGCUGGCUGAUUUGCUCAUCCACAUGAAGGUGCUGAGGGAAGACUGAUGACAUCUGCAGCAGGUGGAGGUGUGGGCAUGUGAGCGCCCAGUGACAGGUGGGUUCUGGCUGAUGGAAGGGACUUGCUAACCAGUGUAACCUAGUCUCCCUGGGUCCUUGUGCCAUGUGUUGCUGCAGAGACUCACUGAAUAGUUUUAUUUUGGGGUAGAAGGGAGAAGAAGCUGGCCUCCACUUCUGUUUCACAGAAGAACCCAGCCUGGACUUGAUCAGUAUUGAUUUGAGAGAGGAAAGCAGUGCCAGCUGCUGCCCACCUUGUGCAGAGCACAGGGGAAGCAUCAGCAUGUGACAAACUUCCUCAGGAAGUCUUUCUCAGGAGCUCUAGAGAACCUGCCCAGUUUGGGCUCUGGAGGCCCUUGAUGUUUUAUUUUUCCUGACUUCCUGUAGAUCCUGGAUUAGCCCAGCAGGUGCUCUGGGUAUCCAGGGUGCUGCUCUAUAAUGAGGGGUAAUUGUUCAUUGUGAAAGAGCUGGGUUUACUGAGUCACCAGCGAAGUGGUGUCAGGGCCUCUGGGAUUGGUUGGAAGUAAGGAUCAGUGUGGGCUUGUUAGCCAGUCCUUACUGAUCUCAUACUCGGUCUUAGCCUGCGUGGUAGUUGGAAGGUGUGGUUUCAGUACAUGUAACUGGGUACAUCCAGCUUCUAGGUUUCCUAGUGGUGUAGUUGGAGCACUACAGCCUUCAGCAUGGGCUGGACAAGCCUGCCCAGAAUCCUGGGUAUUUCCCAGCCACC